AUGUUACAAACCCAAAUCCAAGCGACUUGGGUGUAUUGGUUUGAGUAUUGGGUACCCAAGUCUCGGACUUGGGCUGAUGCGAUGAAAUCCGAACAAGCAGAUCUCCCUCUCAAAGACAGAAUUAUUAAUGCAUCGAAGGAAGAAUUAAAUAGAUUACCGUCAGAAUUAUUAAAAUUAGCAAUGGUUUUAUAUUUUCCCGGAAUAAUUCCAAUCAUUCUUUCAACGCCAAUGAUGGGAGAUACGUGGGAUGAUUAUAUAUUAGAUUAUGCAUUAUACGAUGCCAUACGAUUAGAUUCUGUUACGUUUGUUGAUAUUCUUGUUGAAUAUGGUGCAACUUUUGAAAAUUUAAGAAGAGAUAAGAUAGUUCAUAUAGAUGAACUUUAUCAGGAUCAUAAAAGCGCGAAAAGACGUCUCCCAUGUGGUGAUAACGAGAAUCCGUUACAAAGAGAUUAUUAUUAUAUGUAUUUCAAAGAUAAAAUCGAAGAGUUUUCAUUUGUAAACGAAAUUGACUGGUAUUAUAAUGAAAAUGGUCCUCCUUACAUUUCAGACCUAUUUUUAUGGUCUAUAUUCGUUGGUCGUUAUGAUAUGUCUGAUUAUUUGAUAUCAAAAGUAGAGGUAUCCAUUGCUUUCAAGUCAUAUAAUCGGCAGUGGUCCGCUAAUAGGGGAUGA